CUGGAAUCCUGGCAGUGCACAUACUACUUACUCACUUUAUGCUUCUGGGCUCGCUGUGGGCAGCAAGACGUGUCUAACUUCAGCUUCAAGAAGUCUUAACGCAGAAGAAGAAUGACUAGUGCAUUUUCUCGUCUCCUGGCCGGCCGGAGAACUGCUGUGCUCUUUGCAACAGUUAGCACAGGGGCCUUAACCACUGGAUACCUAUUGAAUCAUCAGAAUGUAAGAGCAGAAUCUCAUGAAAGACGAAAACUCUUUCCUCCAAGCGCAGACUAUCCUGACCUCCGCAAACAUAACAACUGCAUGGCUGACUGUCUCACUCCAGCAAUAUAUGCUAAACUAAGGGACAAGAUGACUCCAAAUGGUUACACGUUGGACCAGUGUAUCCAAACUGGUGUUGACAAUCCUGGCCAUCCUUUCAUUAAAACUGUGGGCAUGGUUGCUGGUGAUGAAGAGUCUUAUGAGGUAUUUGCUGAGAUUUUUGAUCCAGUUAUUAAAGUGAGACAUAAUGGCUAUGACCCAUAUGUAAUGAAGCAUCACACGGACCUGGAUGCAUCCAAGAUUACUCAAGGUCAGUUUGAUGAACACUAUGUCCUAUCCUCACGUGUACGUACUGGUCGUAGUAUCCGGGGUCUCAGCCUCCCCCCAGCCUGCUCCAGGGCAGAGAGAAGAGAAGUAGAAAAUGUUGUGGUCACUGCUUUGGCUGGGCUGAAAGGAGACCUUGCUGGGAAAUAUUAUAGCCUGACCAAUAUGUCUGAGAAGGAUCAACAGCAGCUUAUUGAUUUUCAGAGUCAGACAGAUUAUAAAGAAGCCAUCCCAUUAAUUACCAGUCAUUUAGAAUCACUGACAGAAAAGCUUGACCAAUACUUUCCUUCUUUGUCAUCAGAAAUUUAUGACUAUGUUAGGAACCCUUUUGUUGAGUUCUCACAACAUUUACUCAGUCUGCAAGAACAACAAUUGACUGAACUACAGUGCGAUCGAACUUUGAAGAUAAAAUGCAGUGAAAUGCCACUUGAUGUGUUUUGGAUUUCAAUAAGAAGGGAGUAUCCUGUGAUAUCAGCAAAAGCAGUGAACAUCUUACUCCAGUUUUCAACUUCUUACCUCUGUGAACAAGCUUUCUCAUGUCUUACAAACAUUAAAAGCAAAGAAAGUAAUCAUCUGCUGUCUGAAGAAGGACUGCUAGUGUGUUUGUCAAAAAUUCAGCCAAGAAUUCAACAUUUGUGCAAAAAGAAACAAGCUCAAGUGUCAAAGUGCUGUGUAGAUGUACCCAAACUGCCUAAUGCUAUGGGUAUUCAAGCAGAAAUAGAAUCGUCCUUUGAGAAAAAGAAUGAGUUGGUGCCAGUGUCUCCUUUGCUAACAUGUGCUGGGAUGGCACGUGACUGGCCUGAUGCCAGAGGAAUCUGGCAUAACCAUGACAAAACAUUUCUUAUCUGGAUUAAUGAAGAAGACCAUACCAGAGUGAUUUCCAUGGAAAAAAGUGGUAAUAUGAAAAGGGUGUUUGAAAGAUUUUGCCGUGGUUUAAAAGAGGUUGAAAAGUUAAUUAAAGAACGGGGCUGGGAGUUCAUGUGGAAUGAACGCUUAGGAUAUGUUCUGACCUGUCCUUCCAACCUGGGAACAGGAUUACGUGCAGGGGUCCAUGUUAAACUUCCAAAACUCAGCAAGGAUCCCAGAUUUUCAAAGAUUCUGGAGAAUCUCAGGCUGCAGAAACGUGGCACUGGUGGUGUGGACACAGCAGCUGUGGCAGAUGUGUAUGAUAUCUCCAACCUAGACCGCAUGGGUCGAUCAGAGGUGGAGCUUGUCCAGAUUGUCAUUGAUGGGGUCAAUUAUCUGAUUGACUGUGAGAAGAAGCUGGAAAAAGGUCAAGAUAUUAAGGUGCCACCCCCUUUGCCCCAGUUUGGAAAGAAGUGAGCUUGUUACAGAUGAUUAAUAACUGAUGUGAAGUAUGUCAGUUUUUCUGCCAAAAAAAUGGUUUCUGUAUAUCUUAGUGUGUAAAUAAGAUUCUGACAACUUCUGAAAUAAAACAUUACCUGAUGCCUUA